AGAUCCGGAUAAUAUUUCGUUGCCUACUCCACUCUACCCCUAUCCCCAUUCAUCCUCCACAAUUUUUUCCCUCAAUAUCCGCUCAUGACCUGAACUCCUCUCCGGGAAUUCCACUUCCUUUCCCUGCCCCUUCUCCUCCCCAUAUUCACAUGGCGAGGACUUUGAUUUCCUCUCCUGCCUUCUUGGGAACUCCUCUUCCUUCUCUGUCUCGCCAUGGAUUCCUCCCUCAGGGCAGGCCCAUCAGCACCAGAGUCAAAUUCAGCCUCCAUCACCUCCCCCCUGUUCAUCAUUCAGUUGAUUUCAAUGCCAUCUUUGAGCGAGCUGAGAGCUUGCUCUACACGCUUGCCGAUGCUGCUGUCGUUGCGGAUGGCGGGGUGGGGGCGUCCGGCUCCCCUGCUGCUCAGAAAAGUGGAGGGUGGUUCGGGUUUAUUUCCGAUGCCAUGGAAGUUGUCUUGAAGGUACUUAAGGAUGGACUUGCAACUGUUCAUGUGCCAUAUGCUUAUGGAUUUGCCAUAAUAUUGCUCACAAUUCUUGUUAAAGUUGCCACAUUCCCUUUGACCAAGCAACAGGUUGAAUCAACGCUAGCAAUGCAGAAUCUUCAACCAAAGAUCAAAGCAAUCCAAGAGAGAUAUGCAGGAAAUCAAGAAAGAAUACAACUUGAAACUUCUCGUUUAUACAGACAGGCAGGAGUCAAUCCUCUAGCAGGAUGUUUUCCAACGUUGGCCACGAUACCAGUCUGGAUAGGCUUAUAUCAAGCUCUUUCAAAUGUGGCAAACGAGGGACUGCUAACUGAAGGAUUCUUUUGGAUUCCUUCUUUGGGGGGCCCAACAACAAUUGCUGCUAGGCAAAGUGGAUCUGGAAUUUCCUGGCUUUUCCCGUUUGUGGAUGGCCAUCCACCACUAGGUUGGCAGGACACUGCAGCAUACCUUGUUUUGCCUGUUCUUCUUGUUGUAUCACAAUAUGUGUCAAUGGAAAUAAUGAAGCCUCCGCAAACAGAUGAUCCGGCUCAGAAGAACACACUUCUUGUAUUUAAGUUUCUUCCGCUGAUGAUAGGCUACUUUUCUCUGUCUGUUCCAUCUGGAUUAUCGAUAUACUGGUUCACAAACAAUGUGCUUAGUACCGCACAGCAGGUAUGGUUGCGCAAAUUGGGAGGUGCAAAGCCUGUUGUCAGUGAGAAUGCUAGUGGGAUAAUCAGUGCUGGACGUGCAAAACGAUCAGGUGCUAAGCCGGAACGAACGGGUGAAAGAUUUAAACAGCUGAAAGAAGAAGAAAAGACGAAAAAGACUAGUGCACUUCCUGUGGAUGAUGUGCAGGCUUCAACUGCAUCUGAUUCCGAGUCUGAAUAUGACUCAGACGAUGAAACUGAAUCGAAGCAGGGCAAGGAGGUUCUUGAAGAGGCAUUGGCUUCCAGCAGUGCCAAACCAGUUCCUUCUGGGCCUAGGAGAAGUAAGCGAUCAAAGCGGAAGCGUGCGGUAUGACACUUAUAAUCACAUUUUGUAGUUACGGUGGAUCUCUAUUGUAUACUUGUCAAAAUUGCAAAUUGAAAUAUAGCGGCCAUUUUAUUGCGGGUCAUAGUUUAAGGUAAAGCUAAUCAUUUAUUUGUUAGGUUGAGAAUCUUGGGUAUCCUUGCCAUUUGGAUUGGUGGUUCAAGCAAAGUGUUAGCUAAUUUGUAUAAAAAUCAAGAAUUCAGGCGGCACAUAUUUAUCAUAGAAACAUUGGAUGCCUCAUUGUCUUCCCUGACUACCAAGGAAAUAGUACCUGUACACCUAACAUUCUUCAAUUAGUAAGAUACUAUGCUGUUAAACAUCA